UGCUCUGAUUCUGCAGGUGCAAAGCUGGUCUCCGAACUAGCCGCUGCUGUGAAGGCGAGGGAAAAACACACAUUUCAUGAUGGCGUCUGCAAAUGCCACAUAUGGACAGAAGGAGUCCUCAGACCAGAACUUUGAUUACAUGUUUAAAAUCCUCAUCAUCGGCAACAGCAGUGUGGGAAAAACUUCAUUCCUCUUCCGCUACGCAGACGAUUCAUUCACGCCAGCCUUUGUCAGCACGGUGGGCAUCGACUUCAAGGUGAAGACCAUUUACAGGAAUGACAAGAGGAUAAAGCUGCAAAUAUGGGACACUGCAGGACAGGAGCGCUACAGGACAAUCACCACAGCCUACUACAGGGGAGCCAUGGGCUUCAUCCUAAUGUAUGACAUUACCAAUGAGGAGUCCUUCAACGCAGUGCAAGACUGGUCGACCCAGAUCAAGACAUACUCGUGGGACAAUGCUCAGGUCCUUUUGGUGGGGAACAAGUGUGAUAUGGAGGAUGAACGAGUGGUGGCUUCAGAGAGAGGCCGGCAGCUGUCGGAGCAGCUGGGUUUCGAGUACUUUGAGGCGAGUGCUAAAGACAACAUUAAUGUGAAGCAAACCUUUGAGCGGCUGGUGGACAUCAUCUGUGAGAGGAUGACAGAGACUCUGGACAACAACGACCCAACCGUUACUGGAGCCAAGCAGGGCCCACAGCUCACCGAGCAGCCCCAGAGAUCCCAUCAGGACUGUGCUUGCUGAACACGACUGACCACAGUUUCACACUUCUUUUUUUCCUUUCCUUUCCCCUUCACAUGAACACCAAGCUUUACUACACACAAACACUGCCGUACAUUUUCCACCCCUCUGUCCUCGAGUGGCAGACCUCCCCUAAAGAUGGUGGUUUCAGUAACAAACGCAGUGUAAACUGGAUUCAACCAGUCUGGGUUAGAGUCGGUCCAGUCUGAGAGCAAAUGGUUCCUCAUUAAUGUGUCUGCACCUGGAAGAUGUUUGUUGCUGCGUUAGUUUGUUUACGAGUCGGUCUGGUCUGUCUGAGCGAGCCACUUUUUAUACACGGUUAGGAUCCAGGUUUGAUCUUCAAACAGGGUUGCUUGGAGUUUUCUGGAUGUUUUUUUAAAGUCAUCGUAUAAACAUGGAGGCCAUGUCAGAGUUUUUAAAAGUUUUAUUAAAUGUGUGCCAGCUGCAUUAGGAGUGACAGGCUCUGGACCACUAGAUUGUUAAACUUAUUAUGAAACGAGUGUUUAGUGGAUUAUUUCUCUCCAUAGAGUCUCCUUACAGCCGGGGGGAACUGGGGAUGAUGGAACGUCUGUAGCAGGAACAACAUCUAAACAUGUGCUGGGUCAGUGCAGCAGAGUUGUGUGUACUAGACCUUUAUCUACUAGAACUUUAAAAAUAAAUGAUUUUCUCCCAUCAGAAGCCUUUAGGUCUGAUUGCAGGAGGGAUGACAGAGUUUCUGUUUUACGUGGUGGGCCAAGAUGGCGCCUUGCAGCGGGCAUGAGGGAAACUCCAGUCACGGAUCGGGUUGAUCAGUGCUGCGUGUCAGAUUGGACUACUUCAUUGUCCAGUUCGUUGCCAGGAAUGGACAGUUGUCUUUGACUCCGGCAUAAAGAUGCUGUACAAGACGAAAGCGUGGAGCCAGAUGAAAAGAUCAUUAACAAUUAAUAAAAACAGUGAAGCAACACUGAGUUCAGCAGAGCCGAGAAGCAGAAAAAUGAUCAUAAAAUCAGUUUUUAUAUACAGGUAGAUGUAAAGAGUUAUAAGUCAGAGGUAUUUCUUACUUUAUUGAUUACCAGUAACAGAUUUACUCCUGAGACCCACUAAUAAUAUGAAAGAAGACUUUCAAUAAAAAAUAAUAAAAUAAAAAUGACAUAGAAAGUUCUCAGAGUCGACCCACAUGUUCAGCCACGUUGCUCCUUCCACAGAAAACAAGCCAACACCGCCUACGUGGCUGUUACAGCCAGGUAGAGCUAACACACCUGUCUGUGUGAUUUAAGGGGAGAAAUGAUCCACCAAACACUCGUUUUCUUACUUUUUGUGCUAAACUUAGUUUAAAUCAUUAUUUAUUAAAGCAUACUUUUCACAACAGUGUAUAAAUGUCUAAAGGUCAUUUUUAAAUUGCUUAUAUUUACCAUAUAACUAUGAAAUGAUGAGAAUGACGUAGGAUCAGCACCUGUGCUGUAGCAAGAGCUGCAUGCUGCUGACGUUUUCAGCCCAUUCUGCUUGUACGAGCAGUUGUCUGAAUUUAAAACCUCCGUCCCACAUUUUCUGGACUUGGAUCAAGCAAACCGGGUCGAGGAUGCAGGUCAGAGGCCCUUCAUGUUGAAUUAACUUUCAUUGGAUGCAUACGAUGUGCAACAUACAGUCAGAAGAAAGGCACAUGAUGGAGUGUGAGCACAGACUUCCCAUCAUCUACUUCCUGCUAGUCUUCUCCGUCUUGUAAAUGAUGCUUCUGUCUUUAUUUUUGGUGGAAUGUUGAUGUUUUUAAGCAUGUUAGCUGUCUCUCGCUUCGAUGAUAAGGUACCUGUCUGCUCCUGUGUUUAGUACCAACCUUCUUUAAGUCAUGCAGUCACUGCUGAGGCAUGCACAAACAUAUACUUUAGCUAAAUGACUGAUUUUAUGUUAUUUAUUCUUAUUUUUAUUUAACUAAUUUUAAGUAGAUGCACUGCAGAUGUUCAGUGGUCUUCCACCGUCUCGGCUGUUAGACUCUGCAGUGCGUAGGACGUGUCCAGGAGGCGAGCAUGUAACUUAAAACGUGGGGAGUUCUUCCCACAUUCAGCUGAUAAAGUGUGUGAAUGUGUAGUUUGUAUAAAGAGUCAGUUUCAGGAUAAAUUUAGUGCUUGUUAGACGUCUUCUAUGACUGGGACUGAACCCUUUAUUAAAAAGUGGAUUUCAUGUCAAUGGUUCACAUUUGACUUGUUUACUGUUUGUUUUUCUUUCUUUUUUUUUUGUUUAUUUAUUGUGUUUUGCUACUACUGUAAACUUGCUGAAGACAGGAAACAGAUGGACCCCCCCCCCCCCAGCCCGGUAGAUAGUAGUUGGGUGAAUUGUGCUGUAAAACUGUAAAAUCAGGUUUAUUAAAGUGAGGAAUCAAUAAACAUCUGUAAAAGCA